AUGGCGACGCGCAGCGACGCGCCCGAAGUGCGCGAGUCUAUCGAGGCCAAGGUCACCAAAGAUGUCGAAAUGACCGACGCACCCGACGCCAGCACCGCCGAAGCCAAGCAACCCGAAUCGACUGUCUCUGCGAAACCGGCUGAAUCCGAAAAAAUGGACAUUGACGCUGGUGCGAAUGCCGACGCCGACGCCGAUGCCGACGCAGACGCGGACGGUGAAGCGGAUGCAGAUGGCGACAUUGACGUAGAUGCAGACGCAGACGCAGACGCGGACGGUGAAGUUGACGCAGACGCUGAUGCAGAUGGAGAUCCAGAUGAUGGUGUCGCAUCCCCCGUGGAAUCCGAGCCUGGCGACCUUUUGGAUGUCAUCCAAACCAUCAGCUCAACCGUGAGCAACUACAAGGAUGAAGACGGUGAAUGGUGGGCGGCUAGUUUCCAGCGCAUCCCGAACAAACGUCAACUGCCAGAUUACUUCGAGAUUAUCGAGAACCCCAUCGCCUUCAGCACCAUUCGCCACAAGAUCCAAAAGAAGCUGUACACCGAUUUCCCCGAGUUUGUUCGCGAUCUUGCACAGAUUUGUCACAAUGCGCAGGUGUAUAAUCGGCCUUCCUCGGCCAUCUUUAAGAGUGCCACCGUCAUCCGAGAUCUUUUCAAGAAGGAGUUGCAGAAACUCGUUGCCAAAGGCACGAUCAAGUCUGAAGAGGCAGAGCUUCCCGAUUUGGGCGAGCUCCCGCCCGCAGAAGACUCGUCGCCAGAGGCCGAAUCCGAAGAGGACGAAGGAGAAGAGGAGGAGGAGGAAGAGGAAGAGGAGGAAGACGACGAGUCCGACGAUGACGGAAAACGCCGACGAAGCAGGAGGCGUGGCCGAACUUCGCUCACCAAGCGCCAGCUUGAGGAGGCCCGGGAGGAAGACGAACAUAAGAAGCGCGGCCGCCCUCCCAAAGUCUUGACACCGCUCGAGGCGCGUAUUCACAACGUCAUCAAGGGCCUGCGCAAGUUCCAGUCAGACGACGGUGACUUGCUCAUUGGUCCCUUUGAGAAGCUGCCCGAUAAGCUUGCGAACCCGGACUAUUACCAAGUCAUCACCAACCCUAUUGCGCUCGACAACAUCAAGAGAAAUGCCAAGAGGAAGAAAUACUCGACUGUCGACGAUGCGCUCAAGGAUAUCGACCUCAUGUUCAACAACGCAAAGGAGUACAACGAGGAGGCCAGUGACAUUUACGAAGCCGCUGUCGAGCUGCAGAGGCAAGCACGUGAGCUGGUCGCGCAGGAAAAGUCGAGGCCAGACGAUGAAUUCCGUGACGAGGAUGGCAAACUGCCACUGUCGGAAAUUCAGCACAACGGCCAAGCAUGGCGAGUGGGCGACUGGGUGCAUAUUCGUAAUGUCAACGACAUGGCCAAACCCAUUGUCGCGCAAAUAUUCCGAACUUGGCAAGACCGAGCUGGACAGCGAUGGAUCAACGCUUGCUGGUACUACCGUCCCGAGCAGACGGUGCACAGGUUCGAGAAGCACUUUUUCGAGAACGAGGUGGCAAAGACGGGCCAGUAUCGCGACCACCAGAUCGAAGAGGUGCUCGACCGAUGCUUCGUCAUGUUCGUUACGCGGUUCAAUAAAGGACGGCCGCGUACUCUGCCGGCGGAUAAGGAGGUGUACGUGUGCGAGUCUCGGUACAACGAGGCGACUUGUAAAUUCAACAAGAUCAAGACGUGGACGAGCUGCGUGCCUGACGAAGUCCGGGAGAAGGAUUACGAGAUGAAGCUGUUUGAUCAGCCGCGACGGCUCAAGAAGGUGCCCAGCCCGAUCAAACACCUCUUGCAGGCGGAUGCGAAGGAAACGGAUGAGCUCCCGAAACCGACCUGGGGGGCAGCAAACGCACCGCCCAUUAUUGGUGCCGUGCAUCGGCGCCCUCGAGAAUCAAACGUGAGUCUGGAUGUGAUUCAUUCUCCUUACCGUGCCGCCUCCUGGAUGAAGGAGGUGGACAAUUGCCAACCCUCCAACACACCAGCACCAGCACCAGUACACCCUCUCGUCGUCCCUCUCGGUUAUGCAGUGCAGGCUGAUAAAGGGAGCGACGCGUGUGGGUGGGAUAACAACACCCUGCAUCCCGUAUCAGACGAGUCUCCUCCACCUGAGCCCACGCCUUCUCCGCCGCCCAUGAGCCAAGAGCCUGCGCGACGGCCUUCAGUUCUCCAGGCGAUGCGCCAGACGCCGAGCGACAUGUCGAUGGGUAAUCCUCCCACGCCUUAUGGGCACGGAAUGGGAGCUGCGCCGUCUCCGUCGCCAGCAAUGUAUGCUCAGCAGUACACGCCUCAGCAUGCUUCGGCAUCGCCAGUCGCGGUGAACCAUCAAACGCCGCCUCAUCCCGCUGCAGCCCGCACCCCCAUGGCCAACACGCCCAAUGCCAUGCAGCCCGCCAAUGCCUACAACCCUCCUAGGCCUCCCGAGGUUUUUACCCUGGCCGAAUCCCUCAACGACCAGAUCCCCGAAGAGGUGCGCAGCCAGUACAACAGGGACGAGAACGGCAGAAUCUUUUUCUACUCCACACCGCCCAUCGCCCGCCCCGAACACGGCCUCGCCCCAGACAAUGCCAACUCGGGCCACAGCCUCGCCUACCUUGCUAAGAGCAACCCGCAAUGGCUGGCCGAACGCGCCUCCCGCGCAAAGCCCUUUGCCGUCGCCAAGCAGAAGGAGUUGAAGGUCAAGAUGGCCCUCGACAAGGUCACCGAACCCGCCAAGGGCAAGACGGGUGACGAGCUUCGCGACUGGGCCGCCGACUCCCUGGUCCGCUACGUCGAGGCGCACGCCCAGGAGACGUCGCGCAUGCGCGAAGAGGGCGAUCUGGACGGCCACGACCGCCUCAUGAAGGAGCAGCGCGCCGCGCGCCGCAAGAAGACGAGAAAGGAGCUGGAAGAGGAGGAGGAGCGAGCCGACGAGGCGAAGCGUGCCAAUUACCUCGAGGACAUUUACUUUGUCCACUCCAGUCUGCGCACGCCCAAGCCUGCUCACUGA